AUGACAACUGUCAUUAAUCAGCCAAACCUAACUGAAGGUCUAAGUUUAAUCGGAUGGAGAUUAAAACGUGAUGCUGAAAUACAAGAACGUAAAAAUGAUGCAAAUUUUGAAUGUGAAGUUGAACCAUCAUCAACAUCGUAUGCUGCAUUUGAAUAUAUGUCAGUAACCGAUGAUGAUUAUAAUCCAUAUUCUGGUAUUAAUAUUGAUCUUUGUCUUGAAGUUGAUGCUAUUGAUUUAAAUAAUUCUUCACAAGAAACUAAUGAUGAUGAUUAUGAUCCUCAUGAAGUAUUUAUGCGAUUAAAUACACGUCGUACAGUUACUGGACGUGAUCGUGCACCACUUGCUUUAUUACCAUCACAAUCUAUUACUAGUUCAUCUUUAGUCAAUAAUUAUCGUAAUUAUAAUUUUGCUGAUGAUGAUACACCUGUUAAAUAUCCAUUAGCUAUUGGACUUGUUGAUAGACGUUUAAAACCACAAAAUAAUAUUCGUGGUGGUUAUACAAAUCGACCAUCAUUUGAUUCUCGUAGUGGAGUAUCUUCAACAAUACAUCCUCGACAAAAUAAUUUAUCAGGUAUACGUCGACCUCUUCCACCAUCAUUAUCAUCAUCAUCACGUCAAUAUCCUUUAAAUUCAUCAUUAAAACGAGUAACAUUUCGACAAUCCGAUGAUGAUCUUGAUAUUGAUGAAGACGAUGUAGAUAAUUACGACAAUGAUCUUCGUCGUCGAAAUAAAUUACCAAAACGUACAGCUGCUCGAAUAGCUGUACAACGUUUUCGGACAAAUAAUCAUCGUUCAUCAUUAAUUGAUGAUGAUCUUGAUGAUGAUAUUGCACCGACAGUUACAGAAAUGGAUAUGUUAGAAGAUGAAGAAGAUGAUGAACCAAUUAGAAAAUCAAUGUCAUCACCAGUUAAACCAUUACCAUUAUCACAAAAUAAACCAACAGGUAGUAAAUCAUCUUAUAUUGGAAAUAUGUUACCAAGUUUUUAUGAACAAUUACCUGAAUCAAAAAAAAUGUUAUUACAAGAUGCAACUGUUGAUUCAUCAUCGAAUCAAAUAGAUAAUUUAACAAAAAAUUCAACUGAAGUUCCUGGUGGAGAAGAAAUUAUUGAUGAAGAAAAUCGUUUACAAUUUCGUAAUACAACACCAAUACAAGGAUAUAAACGAGCAAAUAAUCUUCAAAGUACAAAAAGAUACUAUGAAAAUGAUGAUGAUGAUGAUCAACAACAACAACAACAACAUUCAUUAAAAAAACGAAAUUAUGAUUAUAUCAAUCGAAAUACACAAUAUCGUUAUAGACGAAAUGAAGAUGAUGAAGAAUAUGAUAUUAAUCAAGAUACACAACAACAACAACAACAACAAGAAGAUGAAUAUCAACAAACUAUAAGAGUUCCUGCACGAAGAGGUCGUCCACCUUCACAACAACAUCAAGAAGAUCCAUUGAAAAAAAAUGCUCGUAUAAUAGCUCAAUUUGAAGAACAACAUAAUCUUAAAUUAGGUGAAAUGCGUGUAUAUGCACCUAAACUUCGUUUACGUAUAUCAAGUGUUAAUGUUAAUUGGAUUAAUUUACCACCAAUACCAAAAUAUCCAAAUAAAGUUCAUCAAUCUUAA